UUCGAUGACAAAGUGAUAAAUAACAUAAAUCAAAUUGUAUAGGCGCGGCCGUGAUAGCGUUGAAGACCCUUUGAGUGCGCAUUCGUGUGUAGAGUGGCUGCGCGCUAUGACACCCGUGACUCCAGAGCGCGAGCUGGGCUUUCGGCUUUAACAGUCAGUCUUGUCACACUACGUUUCGAAAGAUGUUGGGUACGGACGACCACAGGGACAAUCUGAAACGGAACGGGACAGGAAGGAAGCGUCCGUUCAGCCCACCCUCAGUGUUAGAGAUGGAGGAGGACAGGAGCGGGUUAGGAGUGGGGAUGGGGUUGACUGUGGACAGCGAGGUGUGCUGUGACCCCCAGGAGGAUGGUGUAGUCCUGGGGGAGCAGCCAGGACCAGUUGGGGGCGCCCUGCCCUCGUCUGACCACAGCAGGCCCAAGAGGGAGAGGAAACAGCGCAGUUACACAGUGUGUGACGUGUGUAACAUCCAGCUCAACUCCCCAGCCCAGGCCCAGAUACACUACAACGGCAAGUCUCACCAGAAGAGACUCAAACAGAUGAGCAACGGGAAGGUCCAGCACGGCAACACAGGCACCUCUGCCCAGGGCAACCCCCUCCUGGCCUCCCUGCCUGUUCCGGGACGGCCCCUGCAGCCCCACCUCGACCUCAAGCACUUCCUGCCCUUCAGGCUCAAUGGAUCGUCCCCCCUCAGCCUCUUCCCUAACUUCAGCACGAUGGACCCGGUGCAGAAGGCGGUGAUCAACCACACGUUUGGCGUCCCUCAGCCACUCAAGAAGAAACAGAUCAUCUCCUGUAACAUCUGUCACCUGCGCUUCAACUCCCCGAACCAGGCAGAGGCGCACUAUAAGGGGCAUAAACAUGCCCGGAAGCUGAAAGCCAUGGAGACCCAGAAGAACCGUCAGCGUCGACUUGGGGAAGCCACGUCCACAGGCAAGGAGAGAGACCGGGAACGAGACCGAGAACGGGACAGGGAGAGGGCUAAGACUGCUGCAACUGUUACACUUCCCACUGAGACCCUCCCCGCACUCAUGGACACAGGCCCGAUGGAGGCAACGAAUUUGCUGCCUGCUGACCUGGAGCGAGUGGUGAAUUGUGAGCCUGUGAAGCUGGGCAAAAGCCCCGGCAGCAUCAGCUCUGUGAUGCUGACCCCUGUAUCUGAGGUGUCCUCCAUGGAGCUGGCCACCUUGUCCCCCGGGCCCCAGGGAGAGGUGUCCCCCUCCUCACAGGCCUCAGAGAGCGGAGCCUCAGACACCAGUGGCCCAGAGCAAGGCCCAGAGGCCCCUGGAACAGCCCUGGAGUCAGGUAGCCAGCCGGACACUUCCAGUACAGAGGGGGGUGAGGAUGACAAGGACCCCAAGAGGAUCAAGCCACACCUCCACUGUCCCGUGUGCAAGGUCACGGUCAACUCUACAUCCCAGCUGGAGGCACACAACAGUGGUACGAAGCACAAACAAAUGCUGGAGGGCCAGAGCGUCCAGCCGCGGCGCCGGGGGAAGAUGGCUGGGGGGCGCUCGGCCUGCAAGAGCAAGCGCCUGGGCACAAAGGGCAGCGUGGGGGUGCCCAGCAAGAACUUCCACUGCGAGGUGUGUGAGAUCUACGUCAACUCGGAGACCCAGCUCAGCCAGCACAUGAACAGCAGGAGACACAAGGACCGUCUGGCAGGAAAGCCCCCCAAACCCAAGUUCAGUCCCCACAACAAGAGCCAGCCUACCUCCAGCUUAUCGACUGUGAGAUGGACUGGGUAUGCAGGCGGGGCCGUGUCUGCCAUGAAGAAAAUGUUCAGCCAGUACAACCUCACCUCUCUCUCUACUCAGACCAAACUGGCCUUCCAGAAGCAACUGACCAGGAGCCUGACCACUGGCUUCCUGCCCAGCCCCCUCACCCAGCCCACCUUGUGCACCAUGGCAACCAAUCCUCUGGCUCUGCGCCACCCGGUGGGCACCACCUUCUUUCAGACGCCCUUCCUGAGCCCCACCCUGUUCCGGCCCGCCCCGGGGCCCCUGAGGGCCACACACCCCUCCAUCAUCUUCUCCCCUUAUUAAUGACACAGUACAGCCCCCCGUCCCUCUGUCCCCCUCUACCAACCCCCUUGCCCUGCCUCCAUUACUGUGACCCACAUGACGAGGGCCACGCCACGCACAAACUAUGCAGACCACAGAAACCAGGAUGGAGAGAACGGAGAGAACGAGGCUAACAACUGCUCAUGUCAUGGAGGACACACCCCCAAUGCCAAGGCCCUGCCUCCUCUCCACCACACCCUAUCUGUCUGCUCCUUCUUCUGUGGUUGGUGGCCUGAGGAACAGGACACACCUCCAGGGACACACUGGUGCAGCCAGGAGGCCUCUCUCUUACACAGCCAUUUCAUGGGUCGAUUUGGUUUGGAUUCUUAAUAUUAUUGUGUAAUUUAUUAGAGAACAAAAAUAGAUGUAUCUGUUUAGUGUGGUUGCCACAAAUAAGGUCCCUUUACGUCAUGCUACUCCUCAGAACAUUGUUUCUAUUAUUGGUCGGCUUGCUUUUUGUUGUUAUGGGUCGAUAUAGGGGAUGCUAGCAGGUGAGCCCAAUGCUCUCUGAGCUUGAGACUUUCUUCAGCCAUAUGUGGCGCUGCAGAUCUGCAGUCCUACGGAACCAAGUCUAUGAGUGGGAUCUGUCAGAACUAUAUGAACUCAUAUUUUUCCACCAAGCCCCUAUCUCCCAAACCGUUACUGGGCUCUUGUCAUUGGAACCCAGAGCUCUCAAUUGAUGUGUAGAAUAGAUUAUUAAGCCCUUUCUCUCCCUCUCUUUCUCUCCCUCUCUCUUUCUUUUUCUCGUUCUCUCUCUCUGAGUCACAGCCCAACAUGGCCUUUCAUAAUUCAUUUUUUACCCUGCAUCCCCAGAAUUAAGCACUCAUUAAGGUCCUGAAAAGGUCAGCUUGUCAACUUGAUUUUGUCUCAAGUUGCAGAUCUGCCUCAUUAUAUAUCUUUGCUCCGUAGCAGUGCUGGUGCAUUGGUUCUGACUGUCUCUAUUUCUCUCGUUGCAGAACAGGCAGCACAAAAUCAUUUUUAAAAGCCUAGCUGUCUUAUAUUAUAAUCUGCCAUAGUUCCCUGUAUCCCAGUGAUUUUAUAGUGCUUGAUCCCCCAAUUGUACUCCCUGAGCCAUAGUCCUUAAUUUUCUCUUGAGCUAUCUCAGCAGGAGCUGAUGGAUAGCAGUGAAUGACAAUUUCCCCUUGCUCAAAAAAAACACUAAGGGGUAGAAAUUACUUGAUGGGUUUACAAUCCUCGAUUAAAGGUUUCCACUGUGCAGAGAGAUGUGUGGGUGAUGGGGGGGUGAGAACACAUUUCCCAGAUCACCGAUUGGAUCAUCAGGAAUGGAGGGAAAGAAACAAAGCACAGUGCCAUGGCAACCACAUUAAAAGCACCUUAAACAGAUUUACUUAUGAAAGCAAUGAAAAUAUGUUCUAGUUUUUUGUUCUUGUUCCUGGCGUGAUUUGUCAUAAACUCACGACAGUUUGAUUUAGCAUUUUUCAAUCACACAAACAAUCAACUUAUAACGAUUCAAUUUUAUUGUUAUUAUCCAGGCGACAGGUCUGAAUCUAAAUCUCAGAUCUAGUUCCAUUUUUAAAGCAAUACGUGCAAUGUGUCUGUGUUUAGAGCGGUUAUACAGUAGGAGAAUAUAGGAUGUGGGGAGAUGAUACGGAACAAUGUAUCUGUACCUCUACAGAGAUGCUGUACAGCCUGCCGUACUGUAUUUGAAAGGCCAAUUCCAAGAGUAAUUUGAACUGAUGGGUUGUUGUCAUGUGUUUUUCCUUGAUGGUCAAUCUCAUUCUCAUGAUGCUUCAGCCCUCUCUCUGUGUUGACAUUGCUGGGCUUUCACCUUACAGAGGAGCAGGACACGGCGAUUUAUAUGGAUUACACAGAACAGCCAGUGUUAUUGAUGUCGCAAGUGCAGUAGAACACACAAUCAUAUUCCCAUAAACCCUCUCUCCUAAACAAGUUGACCCACCUUUAAACAAACACUCAAUAAACUCUCUUUGCUGGUUUAUUACCAAACCCAACACUUACACCCAACCAGUCUACUUUAGCAACAGCAAAAUGGGGGAAAUCCUAUGCAGUUAUGUUGUUCCCUUCAGUUCAGGCAGUGCAAUAGUAUUUCCAUGUGUGUGACAUAGCAGCGCCACCUGCAGUGAAGACCAUGUUAUUGCCCUUCUAGAUCAAACCCAGCACUGUUUCUCCUCCAUCUUUUAAAAUCUCUUUGAUUCUGUACAUGUUUCUGAGGCCUUUGUCUAUGGGAAUAUUAAACCAAGCCAUCAGGUCUCUUUGCCAUACCAAUGUGAUUCUCUCCAGUCACAGUAAGUUACUCAGUGAACCAGCCAGCCUAUUGAUCUCCAGUGUUCUAUCUAUCUAUCAUUACAUGGGAACUCUAUGGUAUUCAGACAUUUUAAGGACAUUUUUAUUAAAUAAAUACAUCUAGAGAAGGCAAAUGAUCUAUGUAGAAAAUAUAGAGUAAAUAUAGACAUUUUAUCAAAGUUACUAUUAUCUUUAUCUUGAUGAAACGCUAUCUUAGCUGAGGGCAGACUGUUGAUGUAGACUACAGCAGACACACGCUGUACAUGGAAAGGAGAAAUACUUUGCUUGUUUUUUCUUGUUUGUUUUAUUUACAUGGUUUUACUGUACUUGUUUUUGAACCUACAAAAGAGACAAAUGUUGAAUCGAAAAAUGGUUGAGUGAUUUUUUUCCUUCUUGUUCAAAGUUGAACUGAAUUAUGGAAUUUAAUUAUUAGCGCCACAACACAAUAGAUGUGGGGGGAAAAUGCCUUUCAGAUGUAAUUAUCCAGUAUAUCCCAAGAGUGUCAACCACUGGUCAGUUUCUGUCCUUCUCUGGGCUUACAGUUUCAGCUACAUUAAUACCAUACAAUCAUCCACACAAUCAGAGCCUCUCAAACUUCAUUGCCGUAGAGAUGGGUCUAGCACUGUACUUGUGGAUGAAGUGAAAUAAUAGCCAUACAGAACAGGAUUGGAGAAGUUUGGAUGUAAGAUGUUCAGACAUGGAAUAUGACAAUCAUAUAGGAGGACAUUGUGGUGUGUCCGAGUCUCUCUUUUUCACUCAUCCAUCCCUGUGCACAGCCAAGGGAACCAUGGAUAGUAGACCAGCCCAGAUACAGAGCUCAGUCCUGGGUAUAAUAAGGGAUGUGUCCCAUUAUUAUAGAAAGAGACACUAUGGAUAAAACAAAGCACUAUGAUCACAUUCUCUUCAAUUGCAGUGUGGUGAAAUGUCAAUUAUCUAUCAGUCUACCAGUGACCCAUUUAUUCCAGUAAAAGAACAUGUGCUGUAUGUAAUGGCAGGCUAUGAAACUACAAGGCAGCCAUGUUGACUGAGGCUACUGCCUGUGAGGUGGGAGGAGCUGGAGUUUCUCAGAACUGAGUUUCCUGGUAUAGGAUCUGCAUAUCACUGAUGUCAAAGCACAGCUCUCAUUUCCCCCUAUUUUAGAAGUUAGUCUUCACAGCAGGCAUUCAACACUGCAAAGAUAAAAGAUAAGCGAAUGGAGAAAGGUGUCGGUCCCCAUCUGAGUCCUGCCUCAUUAGCCCUGUUUAUAUCUGGUUCCAACCUGCUUCCUUUUGUCCUGAUCUUGUUCACAUUCUGAUUGUGCCCACAUUUUAGAGAAGUGUAGACAAUUAAAAGAUGCAUUGUGAUCAGGUCUUAUAAGUGUAAACAGACAAGAUCAGGUCAAGAUCAGGAUGAAGGUCACAUGUUAACAGCAGGUAUAAACAGGGCUAUUGUCACAGAAAGGAGUGGCAUGCUGAGGAACAACAGUCUGGAUGAUAUUCUGGAUUAUCUGCACAGUAUUCACACCCAGAUGGUUUCAGUGGGCAGAACAUCAUAACAUCAUACUCUGGAGCGGCUCCAGAUAAUGGAGAGAGAUUAGGUUCUGAACAAUAUCAUGGAACGGUACUGGAUUCUGGACCACCACCACUGCUCAGCUCAGCGCUGUUCUUCACAGCUUUUCUCUGUCCUUUGUGUACAGAGCAGGUCCUGUGUCAUGUGCUCUUGUUGUCUGAACUGAAGCCAGAGUCAGUCUCCUGCCAUAAUAGUGCCAAUCACCAAAGCCACAUCUGUCUGGAGACUCUUCUGGACUGUAAUGAACUGUAACAAGCAUACCAUAAGGAUGUGAAUUUUGUUCAAUCAGCUAUUCAUUUGUUGGCUUCCCAUCUAUGUCCUUUAUUGGAAGGGGAGCCCGUUCUCUUAACGGGCUCCGUUAAGUUGGACAGCAAUGUUGUUCUCACUACCACUGUAGGUCCUUAUGCCAGCUCUCCCCAUGUGUAAAUGUUAGGUAAGCACAAACACACCUCUCCCAUUGCCAAAACAAGGGAAGGUCAAGUGAUCAUACCCAUGUCUGAAGCCAGUGGGGACAGAAGAAACUUGCCAGACCUCUCCUCAAACCCCUACAAUGAUAUAUUGAUCUCUACCUGAAUACUUUGGAGUGACACCCAUUUAUUUUGCUGUGGUGGUCAGUCUGUCAGUCCCUGGGUCCUCCCUCUCUGUAUCAACCCCACAGGGACACGGAGUCAGUUCAGUGUGUAUGUCAAGUUAUACAGUACAUGUCAAUAUUUAUUUUUGACCUUUUAUUUAACUAGGAAAGUCAGUUAAGAACAAAUUCUUAUUUUCAAUGGCAGCCUAGGAACAGUGGGU